AUGAUACCAGAAGCCCCACCCCAAGCGGCAUACAUGAUCCCUCGACCUGGACCCGAAGGUCAUGUUGUUGAGGCGGAAAGAAUUUUGCAAGGUUGCUAUAAACUUUGUCCCAAAUUAGCUGGACCGGAUGGUCAAUCGUGGAAAGACAUUGAGGUCGUAGCGCAUAAUGUUGGAUUAAGACCGGCUAGGGAAGGUGGAGCACGACUAGAAUUAGAAAAGAGGCAGAUAGGCAAAGUAGGUUCAACACAACUUGCUCCUGGAAACAUACGAAAUUCAUUAGGAAGAAAGGUCGCGGUGUUACACACAUAUGGUAUGGGCGGAGCUGGAUUCCAAAAUUCGUUGGGUGUAGCAGAAAAAGCGGCAGAUCUUGCUGUUUCCUAUCUAACGCACAACAAUCCAAACAGGGCGAAGCUGUGA